AUGGGCUUGAGAUCCUGGGCUGGUAUCCCCGGCAAUGGUUGGCAUUCUAUUAAAAGUCAUUGGCCAAUGAAAUCACGCCUUCCACCGUGCAACUCAAACACGUAAGAAACCAUAGCAGUCGGAUUGGCAGCAGCCCUGGGCGCAUAAAUACAAUGCUCGCCGAUAACGUGGAAAAUCUUCAGCAUGCGCGGCAUCAGCGAACACCGUAUUUGGCUGCUAUUAUGCGACCAGAUGGAAGAGCUUGCAAGAAGAAUACCAGGUUGAAGAAAGACUUGUCAUAUUCUAUACCGGUAGUCUUUGCUAUCACUGGAAGCAAGAGUUCUGACGAACAUGAUGUGCUGGCUUUGCCGUGGUCAGGUCCUGGAGUCGAGGGGUGGUGGGCUGUUUGA